UCUCCCAUUUCGCGUGUGCAAAAAUGAUUGAUUGAAUAAUUUUGACGAAAAGGACUUUACGAACUUUUUAUAACACCGUGAAACAACUAAAUAAAUAGCAUCGCUGGACGAUGAUAGCAGAAAUAGAUACCAUGGAAACGUAGGAAUAUAUAUAAUGACGGUGAUAAUAAACUCCUUUUCGCGACAAUAGCUGUUAUUUUGAGAGAAAUUAGGAGGAAAGCCUAACAACUUUACAAGAGCCGGGAGAGGAGAGGAGCAACCCGGCGGAAGUAUGAGGAGCGUGCGAGGUGUCAAACUGCCCCGGACCAGCGGGGUAGAGCUCCCAGGAAAGUUACGAUGGAAUAACGGAUGUUGGAAACUGAUUAUUAUUUUGGUUUUCGUUACCAUCCUCGAAAUUAAUACCGUAUCAGGAGCAUGUGACUGUGAGAAUGACUGUGCAUCCAGCUGUACUGCGGGUCAGUAUUGGGAUAGCAAUGCCACAGCCUGCUUUGAUUGUCCUCCAGGAUAUUAUUGUGCUGGUGGAGCAGAUCCAAGAUUACCAUGUUCGGCAGGAACCUAUAAUAGCCUUGCCAGCCAGUCAUCUGAUUCAGCUUGUAUGGACUGCUCAGCAGGAACAUACAGUCUGGAUGCAGCUGAGUUCUGUGAAUGGUGUCCGGCCGGUUAUUCGUGCCCAGUAGCUGGUCUCUCUGAACCGAUAAUGUGUGGGGAAGGUCAAUACUCCUUCAACGGGAGCUCCUCCUGUCUCCAGUGUCCUCCUGGUCACAAGUGCCCCUCCAUCUACCAGGAUCCCAUCAUCUGUGAGGAGGGGUACUACUCCAGCGGGGAGGGGCAGACGGAAUGCCAGGAGUGCCCUGCGGGCUACGCCUGCCCGGAUCGUAACAGCACCGUGGCCUGUACGGCUGGGUAUUUUAGCAGGCUAGGGGACGGGACCUGUAGUUCCUGUGAGCAGGGGUAUUAUAGUGAGGAGGCUGCUUCUUCCUGCCUACCCUGCCCUGAAGGCUAUUCCUGCACCGACCCCUCGCAAGACCCAGCCGCCUGCUCAAAGGGGUACAUCGCACCUGUUGGCUCUGACAACUGCACCCGCUGUGCCUACAACGAGAUCACCAAUGCUGCCCAGACGGACUGCGUGCCUUGCCCCGCCGGGCAGGAGUGCACCGACCCUACGGUCGACCCGGUGGACUGCGCGAGUGGGCAAUACGCUCUUCUAGGAGAUGGCGUCUGUCAGAGUUGUCCCGCCGGGAGCAGGUGCCCGGCGGUCAGCACCAUCGAGGAUUGUCCGCCAGGAACCUAUUCAAGCGGGGGAGCCACUGACUGUGUGUCAUGCCCUGCCGGUCAUAGCUGUACCAACUCCUCAGCUUCACAGUGUGGUAGCGGAGAAUAUAGCCCGCUCGGAGAUGUCAACUGCUACAGCUGUUCCGCUGGUUUCUACUGCACACCUCUCGCUGGCUCUCAGACAGCUUGCCCCGACGGCUACUACUCCGGGGCCAACGCAACAUCCUGUACGGAGUGCCCACCGGGCUACCAGUGUACUUCCACGGUUGCCCAGGAGUGUGCAGCGGGGUAUUACUCUCUAGGACAGGCCAGUGCCUGCUUGCCUUGCCCCAGAGGAUACCAAUGCAACCUUAUCAACGCUGCCCUGGUAACAUGUACUGUGAGGCCCAAUGUAUGCACUUUUUCCACUCCCUGGGGAGCAUUCCAUUUAGAAAUCAUGUGUUCUAUAUAUUUCCCUGAAGAAUGCAGAUAUCAAUGCAAUGUUACCAACGCUGCCCCAGUAAGAUGCACUAACGGAUGGUAUGCGGAUGCUACGCUUCAGACAUACUGCCUUCAGUGUGACGCGGGUUAUUACUGUGAUAGUGAUGGAACACAGUCGCCUCAGCCAUGUGACAGCGGUCAGUAUAGUUUAGCUGGGAGUACGCAAUGUACGGACUGUCCGCCUGGGUUUGCCUGCCCCGAUAAGACCUUAGACGAUAUGGAAGAAUGUCAGCCAGGAUGGUAUGCGACGGGAAAGGCAACAGAAUGUACGCCAUGUACAUCAGGGAAAUACUGCACCGAUACAAGGUAA